AUGACUUCAGACUGGAUUGCACUCCCUAAGGCUCUUCUCCCCUCUGUGGGCCGAUUCUGCGGGACUGACAACCCUGUUAUUCUUCCACCGGUCUCGAACGCAACACCGACGUGUCGGCCGACGCAAACAGCUUUUGAAACAUCUGGAAUUUGGCGUCACCCUUCAGAACACAGGACCACUAUUCGGUUUCUCGCCGCAGCCGGUGUGAUGGUAAUGCUGAUGCUGCCGCUGAAACGAGCCAAUGAGAGUGGGGUGAUGGUAAUGCUGCUGCCGCUGAAACGAGCCAAUGAGAGUGGAGUGAUGGUGGUGCUGCUGCCGCGCACAAACGAGCCAAUGAGAGUGGAGUGUGGAGACAGCAAUUGGAUGACUGCGACUGUUUCAACGGUCGUGGGGAGUGGGGUGGCCUACGCAUUCCGGAUGUUCCCCUUACGGGACAUUGAAAUUCAUCAGUGUGAUGUAGAGUAUACGGAUAACCGACUUGGAUCCGGUAUUGUCUUCCUUGCACCAGUUCUGCGCCAGUAG